AUGUCCCAGCGUAGCAAAACUUACAAAAAUUAUGAAAAAAAUGGAGAAGCUACAGAAAAGUAUUUUGCUCAAAUGCAACUACAAAUGUACUUGACACAGAAAAAAACAUGUGUUUUUUGUGUAGCAGACCCAGACUAUGAUAAUAAUAAAAAAGUGACUUUGAUAAAUAUACCAUUUAAAUCGAAAUAUAUUGAAAAUUUAAUUAAUAAUAAGUUAAUAGUUUUCUGGAAAAAUCAAAUAUACCCUUUAUUAUAUAAGAGUGUAAAGUAA